UUAUUGCAGGUAACCAGGACCUGUCCAUCCCACACAGAGUCGGAUGAGGAAGUAGCCGCUGGGUAACUACAUGCACUCCGCAGGGCGGCGUUAAAUCAAAGAAAAACUUUCCAGAGGCAGUCAGGACCCAGCGAGCGGGAGCAACAGCAGCAAUGAAGCUUCGCCUUCACUUCGUAGUGGAUCCGAUGGGCUGGCUCUGCAUCAGCAUGGUGUUUGGGAUCUGGCUCUACAACACGUUCUUCGUUCCCAAACUGGUGCUGCUCCCACACUACGACGAAGGGCACAUCCCCUGGGCCUUAGUUGUUUGUUAUUACCUGGCGUCGGCGCUCUGUCUGAUGGCACUGUUCCGAGCUUCCACCGCAGAUCCCGGCCGUCUUCCUGUGGAUCCACAUAUACCUCACUCUGAGAGAGAACAGUGGGAGUUGUGCAAUAAGUGCAACUUGAUGAGACCUAAAAGGUCGCACCACUGCAGCCGCUGUGGCCACUGCGUGCGCAGGAUGGACCACCACUGCCCCUGGAUCAAUAACUGUGUGGGAGAAGACAACCACUGGCUCUUCCUGCAGCUGUGUUUUUACACUCAGGUCCUCAGCUUAUUCACACUGGUGCUGGACUUUUGCCAGUACUAUUAUUUCCAGCCCCUGACAAGACUAGACCAGGAAAAGUUUACGACACGUCAUGAACUGGCUCUGCUGCGAGUUUCAGCGCUCAUGGGCGUGGUCAUGUUCGGUGGCAUGUCGAGCUUGUUUUACGCGCAGAUGGCUGGCAUCCUCUCUGAUAUGACCACUAUUGAGAAAAUGUCUCAGUUCUCCAGUGAAACAUAUGGGACAAAAAGAUCGUGGCAGUGGGCGCUCGCUGAGGUUUGUGGCACUCGCUGGAAACUUCUGUGGUUCCUCCCGCUGCGCAGCAGGCAGCCGCUUCACGGCGGCCACCACUACCGCAGCCACGUGUAGCUCUGCGGCUCGAUGUUCCCCUUCCUGCCUUUCGGUAGAAGUUGCUACAGUCAAACACUCCACAUACUCCUAAAACGAAUCUGUCUGCACACCUUCACCACCCUCUGCUGCACAACGAGAGCCGGUUUAGCGGACACUUUACUUUUGUGUUGUUUUGUUCUGGUUUUUUGCUUGGUUUUAUUCAGUUUCUCUCCAGGAACAGGGUCACAAACACUGUUUUGGAAGGACGGAGAAAUGUUUUGAUCACUGUGACUGCUAUUUUUUAGCAUCUGGAAACCACCUUUAAUGGUUAUUUACACGACGGGGAUGGAAGCAGUGGGACAUCUCUCAGGUUACGUCAUAAAGAGCCUUCACUAGUAAUUAACUACAGGCAGAAUAACUACAAAUCUGUUAGAAGUGUUUGAUUUUUUUUCUUUUUUUGUAUAAAGUUUGUGCCUUGUUUUUGUUUUUGGUACUUUUUAUUUACCAAAUUUUAGAAAAGGGUCUGAAGUAUGACUACCUUCUAAUGAUUCGUGAAUGUUUUCUUUGAUUGUUUUACUAUGUGUGUACAAUGUGUGUAUUUUUUAGGAUCAUAAUGCCACUGAUACCUUUCGAUCUAGAGAUGUCAUAUGACUGCUGAGAGCACUAACGCAAAAACAAGCUAAUAUAAUCACUCCUCGAUAGUGACUUUCAUAGUUAAUCCUGCUGUUAAAUAUGAGUUUAAUAUUUACUAAUUAGUAGUUGAUGUUUGCUGUAUAUUAUUUGUCAGAUUAUGCUGAUGGAGAUACCUUGAGUCAUGAAGAGUUCAAGUUCCACUCAUGAGAGAUAACAAAAAUCUGUCUCUGAUGCAGUCAUGGGAAUAACUAAGUACACUCAUUGCAUAAUUUAUUAGCUUGUAGAACUACCAUUAGCAGCAAUACCCUGACUUUAUCAGUCACUCAGCAUCAGUCCACUGAGGAUUGUAGCCCUUAUUUAUGGCUCAUCCACAACGCCAUAUCAAUUAGGUUGAGGCCAAUAACCAUAGCAACACAUUGAUUCCAAUUACCUAAUUGGCUAAUGUUUCUAUCUGUCUGACCUUUAGCUGUUGGACAGAUAAAACUUUGGCAUACAGAGGAGUUCAGGGUUACUGUGGCUACCAAACAAGCCCAAAUCAUUGCUCUGAUUGUCGUAUGGUAUGGUUGUAUGUAUGGUAUUUUUAUCAGUGUGGCGCUGAUUGUUAUGGUCAACUAUCUCUGCUUUAAUCUCGAUCAUGUCUUGUGGUUUGCACCAUUUUUACCAUUCCCUGCAUGAACUUUUAACACUUCACACACAAAGUGAUGGUUGGAGAAUCUGCAACUGAGCUCUUGUUUUGUUUUUGUUCAUUCCUCUGAGAGUGAACAGUCUGAAAUUGAACGUUUUCUGAGAUGUCCAAUCAUAGAAAAACUGUCAACUGACUUAAAAGAAUUUCCACUCUGAAUAAUAUUUAUCUCUGUAGAAUGAGGAGCUUUAAAUUAUCUGGAAGUGUCUCUAUAAUCCUUCUGAGGUUGACUGAUUGAAGUAGAUUGCUGAUGACUUUGGUCCUUGUCAUUGUGUUAAAGGGGCAGUAUUAUGUAAAAUCAUCUUUUUUUUUUUUAGCUUUACUUCAUGUUAUAAUCAUAUUCCCCCAUCAAAAACAUACCUGGAGGGUUACUUUGAUUCUUUCAUGCAUGUUUGAGAAAUCCUUGAAUCUCCCAUGGCAACCAUUCAGCUAUGUAACACGUGUAGUCUCACUGAGUGACGUCUUUUCUACGCAAUUUCCCUAUUCAGCUCCUCCAGACUAGCGGCAGCAGCAGUUAGCAAACAGCUAGUGGAAGUAUGAGUCUGUGCAGUGCUGCUAAACACAUUGUAAUGAGUGUCAGGAAGAGCAGGAUCUUCUUAAAGAGACAUGGACCCAAUUUCAAGGUGUUCAAUUGCAAAGUCAAAUUUAUUUUAAGUAAUUUUAGGUAUUUUAAGCAUUCUUCAUAACAACAAAUGGUAAGAUAUUUUCUUUAUUGUGCUAUAAAAUGGCACAGUACCUGGAAAAGACAUAAUACUGCCACUUUAACACAGACCUGUGUUCUCCAACAAGAAACCCACGCUUUUAUAGAGGCGGUCAGACUUGCUGAUGAUCAGUUGCAAUUUCAAAACGGCACCUUACUGCUACUUUUUCUCUAAAAUCUAAAACAAGCAUCACACUAAUACUUAGAUUUUUCCCUUGAUUGUGCUGACAGUUAUGGAAACUUUAUUUCUUCCACCUGUGUAGGUUAAGUCAGUGUGACAAGUCAGUUUGCUGCUGAAUAGAUAGAAGAAAUACAGUCAUUUUCACAUUCAAAGAAUAAAUAUACUGACCACAUUGGCAAUCCGUUAUUUUAAAUCAACUUGCUGUAUUGACCAUAGCACUUACAAUACAGAGGAUUGGUACAAAUAGUUUUCCUGUGGAUUUUGAGACAUGAUAUUUGAGCCCUGUAGUUUAUUUUUUCUGAAUGUUUUUAAUUUAUAAGUGCAUAUUUAUAUCUCUGAUAGGGAAGCUCACAGAUUAGUAUUGUUAUAUACAGACAAAGCAGGAACUAUACAUUUGCUUCUAAAAACAGGCAUAUGGAGGAAAGAAAUUAUCCAAAUUAGCAGAGCAAACCAUAGCAUACUGUCUAAAAUACAAAUGAUAUCAAUUUCCAACACUUUGUUACUAGACAUUCAUAGAAUGAAUGUUUCUAGCAAAAGUGAAGGACUGCCAGUUCAGUUCCAAUUCAGAACAAAAGUAAUCUCAGUUCAAUAUGAUUCAGUUUUAUAUAAUCCAAACCCAUUCUGCUCAGUCUAAAUUAUUCCAGUGAAGCCCAUUUGAUUCUUUGUAGGCAGGGAUUUGUUGUUGAUUUAUUUUUGUUGUUCUGCUUUCUUUUUUAAAAUUUUUUAGGUGCUGUGUGGCUUGAUAUUCAACAAUCCUAUCCCUAUUAAGAACUGUUUUCUACUACCUAAAGUCACCUUUAAAAAAUUGUGAUAGAGAUUGAAUUCAUGCGUUUGCCUUUGAAAAUAGGAUUUUAUGAUGGUCAGAAAACGAUUGGACUUUUGAGGCUAACAGAAAACAACAAGAAGUUUUGUGCUAAGAUUUCUGUUCAGUCUUAACACUUAGCUAACUGUUCUGUGCUAACAGUUUGCUAACUGUGCCUUGCUUACAACUUGGUGUUCUAUUCUCGCACUAAGCUAACUAUUCUUUUUGCUUAUUCUUAGCUAAGAGUUCUGUGCUAACACUUUGCUAACAUUUGCAUUGUAAAACAGAGCUAACUUCCCUGUGGACAGCUGCUCUUCUUUCUAACACUUAGCUAAAAGUUCUGUGCUAACAUUUGGCUAACAUUUGCAUUGUAACAAAGAGCUAAUAACAGUUCCUUCUGAAUAUUUAGCUUACUGUUACGGUCUGACAGUUUAUAAAUUGUUCUGUGCUAAACUUACCUAACUAUCUUAUGCUAACACUUAGCCAUCUGUUUAAAAACAGGAAAAGUAUCUCAUUGUAAUAAGAAACUUUCUUGUUUUAGCUUGUUAAAAUGUGUUUUAUGUUUUAACAAGAUUUUCUAUCUCAAUAAAACCAAAAUAUGUUCUAGUCAUAACAGUAAAUUUCCAACAGCGCAAGGUGUUUGAGUUUCAUUUAGAGAAACCAGUGAAAAGAUGGAGAGUGAGAGGAAAACCUUUAUGCCUUUAUUAGAAGUGGUAAUCUGUCAGCUACGUAUUUUUGUAAGUUGUUGAAAUGAGAAAGUCGACUCGUUAUAAUGAGAAAUAAAACCUCAUUCCGUGAAAACGAGUUUUGUAUCUCGUUAUGACAGUAAACUUUUUUGCUUUAAUAAGACACUGCUCCUGAAUUUAUAUCCUAGCCCUGGCAGUUAAAUGCUCCUGUACUUUCGUGCUAACAGCUAGCAUCAAAAUGUUGCAAAUGCAUGUUUUUUGCAGUUUAGGCAGUGGUGUUUGCUCUGCUAACACUGUAUAAUUUAUUUAUGAUUGUUUUGUUAUAUCUGUUUGAAACUGCUGGAGACCUUACUGAUUUAAUUAGAGAAAUAUAUAAUGUCAUAGUUAUACUAGCUUUGUGUGAGCAAGUUUUUCUGAAAAACCUGUAUGUAAACAAAGCCUAUUGUGUGUGGAGAGAAUACUAUAUUGUCCAAGUAGUUUUAAAUGCCUGUCUAGGUCACCUCUUUUUUUUCUUUUACGUUUUUUUUUGCCAUCACUACACACUCCACACCGACCAAAGAUCUGGGAAAAUGUUGCAAUAGUCAGCAAGCAUUUAUUAAAUGCAUGUUUCACCAAGUUUUUGAUGGUAGCAGUUCAAUAAUAUGCACUGAAUUUUAUGCUAGCACACAGUCUGUUUUAAAGUGAAGACUUAAUUUUAAAAGAGAGAUACAUUUUUAAAAUGAGUCCUCACUGUAGGUAUUUGUUGAAUUUUUUCCAGUUUGAAUUUGCAUGAGCGUGGUUUCAUAUGUUUGCUCAUCGGUUUUUGUAGCUCAUGUUCGGGUUCUUGGAUGUUUGGAAAUUUUUUAUCAUGAUUUUAGGUGUUUGGGGAGGCAAUGCAAGGGAAAAUGUAUGUUUGAUUUUUUUUUUAAGUUGUUUUGUUUUCCUUAUUUGGUUUGAAAUUUUUGAAGCAAUAAGCAUUGUUUGUUCAUAAUUUUGCUUUGACCGUUAAACUUUAUUUUUUUUGUAUUAUUAUGUUUACAUUCUGGCCGAUGAAUCUGAACCUGUGUCUGACCUUUAAUGAUGGCUGCCAAGCUUAACAUUACAAGUCACCGCCUUGCACUGCGUCGCUCUCAAUUGUAGACGUGAAUAUUUCCACGAGGCAGCUGUUACUUGGCAUCUCGCAGGAGAUUGGAGUUUGGACCUUUUGAAUUUUUUUUUCACUUUGCUCUUUUUAUGUUUCUCAAUGUUUCGUGUUCAAACCUUGUUUUGUUCUAAGUCAGACCUCAAACACUGGAACAUUUGUUUUGUGAACGUGUUACCAGUUACUUUUCUGUUUAUAAAGUCUUAUAAAAAGUUGCCAAUUUAUUGCGCUGAAAAUUGUGAUUAUAGCAAAUAUAUAGGUAUUCAUAUUUGAAUAAAUUACAUUCUGAAUAU